UCCCCAUUUCUUCUUCAGCUCCCAGUUUUGCCAAAUUGUGGUUUCUGCGAUUUAACACCGGUCAAUUUCUACUUCAAUUGGCGGAGGGAAUUCAAUUCAAGAGGAAAACGAUGGCAGAUAGGGAUACGUACAAGACUAAGCUAUGUGUAUAUUACCAGAGGGGCCGCUGCUUUUUCAACUCCUGUAAAUUCGCCCAUGGCUCCGCCGAGCUCCGCCGCCCGUCAAUUGUUGGAAUUGAAAAUCUUCGUCCAUCUUGAAUCUGCUGUUGUGUAUGAGGGAUCAGAAAGAUGCCUUUGGAAUAUUUGCAGUUUGUGGAGAAUGUGAUAUUAUCUUUGAUGUGACCUCUAUAUGAAUGAAUGAAUGUCGAGGGCGAAUGCGUAUUUUGCAAUGUAUGUAUAUUCUCGGGAGGGAUCUGUAGCUUUCUUUGAAGAAUGCAGUUAUUAAUUCCACACAGGCAUGUGAAGAAUCCGCGCCGUUGAUAUAUAUUGUUAUCACAGCGUGACAGAGGAUUUCUAUACUUGACGGAACUAAAACUUAUCGUUGUUAUGUUACUCGUUUUGUUCUGGGGAAUGGAGAUCGAGGUAGUGUUGAAUUGGAAGAAAGGAUCGACAGGAACCGUUCUCCAUUGCGUAACUCACCAGAUAGACGAGAUGGCAAAGCAAUACAAACGUCUCAUGGAGACAGCUCUCCUGAGAAAAGGUGUCGGUUCAGUAAACUUUUCUAUGCUUUUAUCCUAUAUUUACGUGGCUGGGACAAUGGUCUAGUAUUUGCCUCCUUUUACUUCUUUUUAUCGCAGUGACAGAAAUGUGCGGAAGAGAACACGUUGGGAUGUCCGUGGUGAUCAAACCAAAGAUAAAGACAAAAUGCAAAUUGAUGAUCAGCUGAGAGAAGCAUACGCUGAAAUUAGCCGGCUGGAGGAUGACAAACAACGGCUGCAGAUGUACCUAGAGGACAAGGAUAAGGAAACCGAUUCAUUAACUUCUGAAAUUCAUGAACUUGAGAUGCAACUUUCUGAAGCGAAAGAAGAGGGGAAAAGGUUUACGACAAAAGUAAAGAAGUUCAUUGAAGCACAUAACCGUCACUUGCGAUUGCAGGACGAACUAAAGAGAUCAGAGGCUCGGCUUCAGAAGUUGGUUGAGCACCCUGAUUUAGAUGUCGGGGAAGGCAGUGAAGAUGAUGCCUCGAGUGAUGAUGAACUCUUCCUCACGUAGGCUGAGGUCACGUGUGGAAGUUCGGGACACAUCACCUCAAGCAAGAUUAUCUGCUCCUGAUGCUGAUGGUCCUUGUUGUCAUUUGCAGUACAAAGGCAACGAUGAGAAUGUGGACGUUGAUGUUGAAGUCGAUAUCGUUUGAUGUAUCUCCAUUCUAUGCAUUAUACCAAAUUUGGUAAGAUCUGGGGCCGUCACGUUUUCAAGAUCUUGUACAGUAAUUAGGUUUGAUUGCUUUUUCAUUUUACCCUUUUAUUAUUUCAUGAUCUUUGGAAACAUAAUGUCUAGCUGGUAUACACUGUAAUAUUCAUUUUUGCUCUCUGCUUAUAUGGAAACUACAUUAGAUUUA